GAGACUGAACCAACCAUGCUUCUCCCUGCCAUUCACUUCUAUGGCUUUCUCCUAGCUUGCAUCUUCACGAAAAGCUACUUGGCUUUCAAGAACGAUGCCACAGAGAUACUUUAUUCACACGUUGUUAAACCCGCUGCAGCGAGCCCAAGCAGCAAUAGCACGUUGAAUCAAGCCAGGAAUGGAGGCAGGCACUUCACCAGCACUGGAUCCGACCGUAACAAUCGUGUUCAAGUUGGCUGUCGGGAACUGAGAUCCACCAAGUACAUUUCAGAUGGUCAGUGCACCAGCAUCAAUCCACUCAAGGAGCUGGUGUGUGCUGGUGAAUGUCUCCCUUUGCCACUGCUCCCCAACUGGAUUGGAGGAGGUUACGGAACCAAGUACUGGAGCAGGCGGAGCUCGCAAGAAUGGAGAUGUGUCAAUGACAAAACUCGCACCCAGAGGAUCCAGCUUCAGUGCCAGGAUGGAAGUGUAAGAACCUACAAAAUAACUGUGGUCACGGCCUGCAAGUGCAAGCGAUACACCAGGCAACACAAUGAGUCCAGCCACAACUUUGAGGGAACCUCUCAAGCAAAACCUAUCCAGCAUCACAAAGAGAGGAAAAGAGCCAGUAAAUCCAGCAAACAUAGUACAAGUUAG